AUGACAACCCAACCCGGCAUAAAAACAAAAACUAAAGUGAACCACACACACCGGCUCUGUUUAUUCUUAUGGUACAUCGCGCACUAUCUUAAUCUCGGUAAGGGCGUCAGGAGGCUUCUCCAUUUGUACAUCAACAAGCGAGACAUUGACGGAGAGUUGCAAGAGCAACUUAAGAACAUGUCCUCGGCUUCCAGCGUGAGCUGCUACGUCAAGACAGCCAAACUAUCGGAACUUGCCACGGAUAAUGAAGCAGUGGUGUUGGAAUCCCUUCAACGAACGUUGUCCAAGGAAAAAUACGACGCACAAGACGAUCGUGCAGUUUCUUCAAAGACAGUGAUCCUCUUCAAGUACGGUCACCUGCGGUCACCCACUCAAAGAUUGAAGCCACUGGUCCCGCGGAUGUUGCAGAAUCAGGCUGGGUCUAUUAUUGCUGUCGGCAACAACCUUACGGCCCUUAGCAGCAUUGUACGUAGCCAGCUAGAUGGUGGAUUUUACGACAGGACUGUUGUACUUCCUGACAACGAAGAGGCCGCCAAAAAUGUCGCCAAGGUAAUUGCUGACGAUGCUUGCCGAGCGCCGGCAUUGCUGGGUUGCCGUGGUUGCUUCGAACAUGGAAGGAUUGGUGGUUCUUUCGAGGGUGACGUACCCGAAAACGGCGUCAUUUAUCUUCUCAUCAGCCCCGAAAACUACGGUAGCAUUGAGCAUAUUCGCAUAAAGGUAAACAAAAAACUUAAUUAA